CAUAUUGCUGAAUUCCAGUGGUCCUUUAGUUGAACAUAGUUCUGGAAGCCUUGCCGGAGAAAAAUCUCUGUUCUAUGACAGUGGAGAUGGAUUUGGAGAUGAAGGGGCUGCAGGAGAGAUGAUUGACAAUCUACUGCAAGAUGAUCAAAAUAUCCUGUUAGAAGAUGUGCAUUUGAGCAGAGAAAUUUCUCUGCCUCCUGAGCCUCCUGAUACUAUAGUGGUGGAACCAGAUAAUCCAGAGUAUAUAUGUCUACCUGAAAAUGGAAAAAUGGAUGAAACAUUAUCAAAUGAAGAACAAGGACUUACCCUUGACCCAAUUGAUGCUGCAGACAUUGCUGAGAAGAGAAAAGGCAAAAAGAGGAAAUUGCUCAUAGAUCCAAUCAAGGAGAUCAGUAGCAAAAUUAUGCAUAAACAACUUACUUCCUUUACGGACACACUUAUGGUUUUGGAACUUGCACCUCCUACCCAAAGAUUGAUGAUGUGGAAGAAGAAGGGAGGAGUGGACACACUUCUGUCAACUGCUGCCCAGGAUUUGACUCAUGCUGAACUGAAAAUGUUGUUUACAAAAUGCUUUCUGUCCUCUGGCUUUAAACUUGGAAGAAAAUUGGUACAGAAGGAAUCAGUAAGGGAAGAAGUGGAAAGCAAAAACAUAACAGAGACCUCCGUGAUGGAAGAACUAAAUUCCCAGCAAGACUUAAAUCAAUUCAAAACUUGGAAAGAUGUGAUCGAUGGAUCUAAGUAUAGCUCUCAUGAGGAUAUCAAUGAAAAUAUUAAUUCUGAGCAGGAUAUUGUUGAAAUGGUAUCUUCAGCUACUGAGGAAUCCUCUUUAAUGAAUGCGAUCUUAGCACAAGAAAUUGAGAAUUGUACAGUGGAGUUGGAGUCAUCAGGGAAUGAACAAAAUAUCGAGACAGAGAGAUGGAAUCGAAGAAUUCUUCAGAUGUUAAAUAGUUUGCGGGAAUCCAACAAGAUGGGAAUGAAGUACUUUAGUCUGAUGAAGCUCUGCAGAAAUAGUGACCAAAAACAAGCUGCUGCCAAAUUUUAUAGCUUUCUUGUCCUAAAAAAACAUCAGGCUAUUGAGCUGAGCCAGAGUGCUCCCUAUGCAGAUAUUAUAGCUACAGUGGGACCAAUGUUCCAUAAAAUGUGAAGGAAAUCCAGAACAUACAGAUUUAUGUAAUCAUUGGAAUUUCUGUGUAGAUUGUUCAAUUUUUUUUUUUUUUUUUGAGAUUUUAUUUAUUUGACAGAGAGAGACACAGCGAGAGAGGGGAACACAAGCAGGGGGAGUGGGAGAGGGAGAAGCAGGCUCCCGGCCGAGCAGGGAGCCCGAUGCGGGGCUAGAUCCCAGGACCUUGGAAUCAUGACCUGAGCUGAAGGCAGACGCUUAACGACUGAGCCACCCAGGCGCCCCAUAGAUUGUUCAAUUUAAUGCAGAAGCUGUCUGGAAGCAGCUAAAGGUCUGAUCCAUUUCAUAUAUAGUCUGACUCCUAUUUCCUCUUUGUAAAUUCAGAAUAAUCAUAGCCAGAAUUGGAAACCUAUAUGCUUACAGAGAUACUUAAUUGUAGCUAAGUAACAUUUUUAACUUAGCUAACUUGAAUGUAUAGUAUUUACCAUUUCCCUGACUUGAAUGUUGCAUUUAGAAUACAUUUUUAAAAUACUAUGUACCUUCAAGAAACAUUUAAGGAUAUUUUUUAAAAGCCAUUUUACAUUGGAUUAUUUACUUAAAUUUCAUGGAGUAAUUAAUAAUUAAUUCUUCCUUACUUCCCCACAGGCAAUAAUUAAUUUGAUUCUAAUGCAGAUACUCCUUGAUUUGACCUAACACUAUGGUUUUUAAUCUACUAUCUUAAAGGUUCUAAAAUACAUCUUUGUUUUAAAUUAUC